AUGACUGCAAACGAAGUUCCCUCUGGUGUUUCGAAUUGCUAUGUGUUUAAAAGCCGGUUACAGGAAUAUGCUCAGAAAUAUAAGCUACCAACGCCUAUUUAUGAGACUGUCAAAGAAGGCCCUUCACACAAAUCUUUGUUUCAGUCUACAGUGAUAGUCGAUGGUGUCAGAUAUGAUUCCUUGCCUGGAUUUUUUAAUCGUAAGGCUGCUGAGCAAUCAGCUGCUGAGGUUGCUCUUCAAGAGUUAGCUAAGUCCAGUGAGCUAGGCCAAUGUGUUUCACUUCCUGUUCACGAAAUGGGUCUAUGCAAGAACCUUCUUCAAGAGUAUGCUCAGAAGAUGAACUACGCGAUUCCAUUGUAUCAAUGCCAAAAGAGCGAGACUACCGGGAGAGCUCCACAAUACACAUGUACUGUAGAGAUCGGAGGCAUAAAGUACACAGGAGCUGCAACAAAAACCAAAAGAGAGGCUGAGAUAAGCGCUGGAAGAACAGCUCUUAUAGCGAUCCAGUCAGAAUCUAAAAUUGACCUUGCCAACCACAGCACUCAGCUUACUGUACUUCCUUGUGAAAAGAAGGCAGUAGAGGUAGCAAGUCCGGUGAAAGAAACCAUGAAGACCCCAAAAGCAAGGAGGGCUCAGUUCAAGAAGAAGGCUAGAAAAGGAAAGCGCAAAGUCGCAGCUAAGGAACUUGAAGAUAGUACCAUCCCUACUGAACCUACCACAGAGCAUUGUCAAAACGAUCAGCCAGAGAAUGUUGAGAAACCACUAAACCUGGAUCCUACUUCGUGCAUGAAUGGGUUUAAUGAGGCAGCAGCAUUUGUGAGUGUGGAGUCAGAAGCAAGCCAAGCAUAA